CCUACGGCGGAAGUGGAAGCAGAAAGUAUGUGUGAGAGAGAGCCCUCUGACUCAUUGAAAAAAUCACUAUAAUAUGCUCAGCACUGGGUGUGGGGAUUGGAAUGAGCCCAUCUUCCGAAGGCCCUUCCUCAAGUGUCUGGAGCUCAGAGAUGCGGCCCAGGGGAGGGAACUGUAGCUAGGUCAGGAGGCCAUGCUUGCUGUUGCUUCCAGAUCCCAUGUCAGCACCGAGUCCUCAGAUGCUGGUGGCAGCGGCUCAGCAGACCCUGGGCAUGGGAAAGAGACGGUGCCCACCCCGAACCGUCUGCCUUCACCUUGCUGGAGAGGUGCUGGCUGUGGCCCGGGGACUGAAGCCAGCUCUGCUCUAUGAUUGCAGUUGUGCAGGGGCAUCAGAGCUCCAGAGCUAUCUGGAGGAACUGCAGAGCCUGGGCUUCCUGACCCAGGGACUUCACAUCCUUGAGAUUGGAGAAGACAGCUUGAUUGUCAGUCCUGAACACGUAUGUCUGCACUUGGAGCAGGUGCUGCUUGGUACCAUAGCCUUUGUGGAUGUUUCUGGCUCCCAACCUCACCCUUCUAUUUGCUCCCUGGACCAGCUUCAGGAUUUGAAGGCCUUAGUGGCUGAGAUCAUCACGCAUUUGCAAGGGCUGCAGAGGGACCUAUCCCUGGCAGUCUCCUGCAGCAGACUUCGUUCCUCAGACUGGAAUCUCUGUACUGUGUUUGGGAUCCUCCUGGGCUAUCCUGUUCCGUAUACCUUUCAUCUGAACCAGGGAGAUGACAACUGCUUAGCCCUGACCCCACUCCGGGUGUUCACUGCCCGGAUCUCAUGGCUGUGUGGUCAUCCCCCAGUCUUGCUCUAUUCCUUUAGUGUGCCAGAGAGCUUGUUCCCAGCCCUGAGGGAGAUUCUAAGUACUUGGGAGAAGGACCUUAGAACUCGAUGUAGGACUCAGAAUGACUUUGCUGACCUGAGCAUCUCCUCUGAGAUAGUCACGCUGCCAGCAGUGGCUCUCUGACUUUCACUCUUCUCUCAUGUAGAAGGUACUCAGUAAAUGAUCAGCUGUAGCUCAGCGAUGGCAUCACAAGUACCAGUUCAGAAC